CACCCAAAACCAAAGACGGCUCACGAUUUUUCUUCCCAAAAUACCCUCUCCCCUUGGUUUUUUUUUUUUUUUUACUCCCAACACCUUCUCUUCUCUACCAAUUCCACCUUCCCUCUGCGCAGAAAAGCAGAGCAAUUCCAGACUGGUGAUUGCAAAACCAUAGAAGACCCACUAUUUUUCUUCCAAAAAUACCCCCACCAUUUUCGUUUUAUCACCUCUAUGGCCUCCACUCCAUCGCUUUUCUGAUAAUCUUCCUUUGUUUUUUUUUUUUUUUGUUUUUUUUUUCCUUUUUUAAAUCUGAAAAAAAGAGAAGAAUAGAGCCAUGUCUGCUGCUGUGAGAUCGAAAUCCUUCAAAGACGCAGCGGCGAGAACGCUCUCUCAGUCCAGAUACUCUGUUUCAAAUCACAUGCAUGUGGGUAGAAUCUCCAAUAUCCACAACAAAUACACCAGAAAGUGGGAUGAUUUUUGGACCAAAAUGCCCUUCUGCCUCAGCCCAUUCAAGUUGGUUUCUCUUCAGGGGGAUUUCCUAGAUAGGCGGGGGAGGUUAUCGGGAAUUGGGAGGGGGGGCGAUAGGCUGUCAAGCCGGGUGAGGUCGUAUGGGGACCCUCCAGAGAUAUGGCAGCAGCAACCCAGCGACGGAAUCACGGUGCAGUCGCCACCGGGCCCACCUUACCCGCCAAACCUGAAAUUGAUUCGUGGGGGCGGGGGAGGGAGUUCGGGUUCUGGAGGUGGGUUCAGCUCAAAAGAUGGGUUUUGUUGGGGCGGGUCAAAUUUGGGAAGCGAAUUCCCAACUCCGAAGGAGAUAUGCAAAGGGCUUGAUAAGUUUGUCAUCGGGCAGGAGCGGGCUAAGAAGGUUCUCUCCGUGGCAGUGUACAAUCAUUACAAGCGGAUCUAUCACGAUUCUUUGCCAAAAUGGUCUGCAGGAGAUUCAGGUACUGGUGAAGCAGAUACAAACGACAUCAAUGAAGUGGAGCUUGAAAAAAGCAAUGUUCUUUUAAUGGGCCCAACAGGCUCAGGGAAGACAUUACUAGCAAAAACUUUAGCGCGGUUUGUCAAUGUACCAUUUGUUAUUGCAGACGCAACAACACUGACUCAGGCAAGAUAUGUAGGGGAAGAUGUGGAAUCUAUAUUAUACAAGCUACUUAUGGUUGCCGACUUCAAUGUGGCUGCUGCCCAGCAGGGAAUUGUAUACAUUGAUGAAGUUGAUAAAAUUACUAAAAAGGCUGAGAGCCUCAACAUCAGUCGAGAUGUAUCUGGGGAGGGUGUUCAACAGGCAUUGCUAAAAAUGCUAGAAGGAACAGUCGUCAACGUCCCAGAGAAGGGAGCUCGUAAGCAUCCUCGAGGUGACAAUAUUCAGAUUGACACGAAGGAUAUUCUCUUCAUAUGUGGCGGUGCUUUUAUUGACUUAGAAAAGACAAUCUCAGAAAGGCGUCAAGAUUCUUCUAUAGGGUUUGGAGCCCCGGUACGUGCAAACAUGAGGGCUGGUGGUCUAACAAAUGCUGCUGUGACAUCAUCUCUACUAGAAUCAGUUGAAAGUGGUGAUCUUAUUGCAUAUGGUUUGAUACCAGAAUUUAUUGGACGGUUUCCAAUACUCGUUAGUUUGUCAGCUCUAAACGAGGACCAACUUGUUCAGGUUCUCACAGAACCCAAAAAUGCUUUAGGAAAACAGUACAAAAAGCUGUUCCAAAUGAACAAUGUCAAACUGCAUUUCACAGAAAAUGCUUUGAGGCUAAUUGCAAGAAAAGCAAUGGCCAAAAACACCGGGGCCCGUGGCUUACGAUCCUUAUUGGAGAAUAUCUUAAUGGAAGCAAUGUACGAGAUUCCAGACACAAGAACAGGAAAUGAUAGAAUCGAUGCAGUAGUGGUUGAUGAAGAGGCUGUUGGAUCCAUUGGAGGACAGAGUUGCGGAGCUAAAAUUCUUUGUGGCGACGGUGCAUUAGAACGCUACCUCUCACAGCAUAAUUUGAAGGAUCCAGUGCAGAUGACCCCAGAAGGGUCUGAGGGAGAAGCUGAGGUGGAGUCGGAGCUUGCUUCUAGAGUCGCCAUCAUGUAACAUUUCGGGCGGAACCAUUUGAGAUCUCUGCCCUGUAAAUCCAUAUAAAUUAUCUGUAUCUUCGCUAUAUAGUCAUUGCAAGUGCCUGCUAGUUGAUCCAAUUGUAAACUUCCACCCCCGUAUCUAAAUGAAUUGAUAAUUUAGGAAAUGAAUUUUACUAUUAAUAUAUAUGCCAUAGGUUCAAUUGUUA